CUUAACACACAAGGAAAAAUUUCGUAGGCAAACAAAAAGAAAAAUAAAUCGUGAAGGAAACAUGAGCAGUGUGACUAAGCGCAGUUUCUAAUUUAACCAAAUUCCAAUUCAAAUUCAAAGCGAACUAUCGAUCAAAAUUGCAAAGAAACAAAUAGGCAAACAAACAAACGCACAAUGAAACUGAUAAGUUAAGUGAAGCCGAUAAGACCGUCGUUCUAAACCAAACCAAACACAAUGAAACUGAGCUACGGAUCCGAAAUGCAGUUAUGAAAUAACCAGAGAAACCCAUCGCAUCAGCAAGUAAGGAAAAUCAGCAAGCCAGACAAUUUCCACGUGCAACAUUGGCGAGCUGCAGCAACCACAAAUCGUCUACACAUUGAUGUGCGAUUUGAGCGUGUGAAUGUUGGCAGCCCUGGAGCCCUGCCUCGGUGGUUUAGCCAGUACUAGAAAGCGAAUAUGAAAACGGAUAGCGAGGGGAAAGCAAUCACAAGCGCCACUAGAACCACAUCGAAAUCCACAACGACCACAGCCAGCACAUCAGCGAGGGGUCCGCCCGGAACGAUCCAUCAAAGAUGGCCAGCCCAUGGUGCCCAAAUUGCCACGAACUGCCACCGUUCUAUCCGCCCAUCACGCCAAAGGGGAUGUCGGGGUGUGAUCAAAGCACUGUCGAAUCAUUGGCCGACGAUCCAACAGAUUCACCAUUCGAUGCCGAUGAUUGUCUCAAGGUGCGCAAGUACUGGUGCUUUCUGCUGUCCAGCAUCUUUACAUUCCUUGCUGGCCUGCUCGUGGUGCUACUAUGGCGAGCCUUCGCCUUCGUCUGCUGCCGCAAGGAGCCGGACCUGGGGCCCAACGACCCCAAGCAGAAGGAGCAGAAGGCCUCCCGCAACAAACAGGAGUUCGAGGGCACCUUUAUGACAGAAGCAAAAGACUGGGCUGGAGAGCUUAUCUCGGGUCAAACAACAACUGGUCGAAUUUUGGUCGUACUCGUAUUUAUACUCAGCAUUGCAUCCCUCAUCAUAUACUUUGUUGAUGCAUCUAGCGAAGAAGUCGAAAGAUGCCAAAAGUGGAGUAACAACAUUACUCAACAGAUCGAUCUCGCAUUCAAUAUAUUUUUUAUGGUUUACUUUUUUAUACGAUUCAUAGCGGCGUCCGAUAAGCUUUGGUUUAUGUUAGAAAUGUACAGUUUUGUAGAUUAUUUUACAAUACCCCCGUCCUUCGUAUCAAUAUAUUUAGAUCGAACAUGGAUCGGUCUUCGAUUUCUUCGAGCGCUACGUCUCAUGACUGUUCCAGAUAUUUUACAAUAUUUAAACGUACUAAAAACAUCGAGCUCCAUACGCUUGGCUCAACUAGUAUCAAUUUUUAUAUCCGUGUGGUUAACAGCAGCGGGCAUUAUACAUCUGCUGGAGAACUCUGGCGAUCCGCUGGAUUUUAAUAAUGCUCAUCGUUUAUCGUAUUGGACCUGUGUCUAUUUCCUAAUUGUGACCAUGUCAACGGUAGGAUAUGGUGACGUUUACUGUGAGACUGUCCUGGGAAGAACAUUUCUCGUGUUCUUUCUGCUCGUCGGCUUGGCAAUGUUUGCCAGCAGUAUACCGGAGAUAAUUGAACUCGUCGGUAGUGGCAAUAAGUAUGGCGGUGAACUGAAAAGAGAACACGGAAAGAGACAUAUUGUGGUGUGCGGUCAUAUAACGUACGAGUCCGUGUCGCAUUUCCUGAAGGACUUUCUCCACGAAGAUCGGGAGGACGUCGAUGUCGAAGUGGUCUUUCUCCAUCGUAAACCACCCGAUUUGGAACUUGAGGGUUUGUUCAAACGUCAUUUUACCACCGUGGAGUUCUUCCAAGGAACCAUUAUGAAUCCGAUCGAUCUGCAGAGGGUUAAGGUACAUGAAGCCGACGCCUGCCUCGUGCUAGCUAACAAAUAUUGCCAAGAUCCCGACGCAGAAGAUGCUGCCAACAUCAUGAGAGUCAUCUCGAUCAAAAACUACAGCGACGACAUUCGAGUCAUCAUCCAGCUGAUGCAGUACCACAACAAGGCGUACUUGUUGAACAUACCAUCGUGGGACUGGAAACAGGGCGACGAUGUCAUUUGCCUGGCCGAACUGAAGCUGGGCUUCAUUGCCCAGAGUUGCUUGGCGCCCGGGUUCUCGACCAUGAUGGCUAAUCUGUUCGCCAUGAGAUCGUUCAAGACGUCACCAGACACACAGGCCUGGCAAAAUGAUUAUCUUCAAGGUACAGGGUGUGAGAUGUACACCGAAACCCUAUCACCUUCAUUUACCGGCAUGACAUUCCCACAAGCCAGCGAGCUGUGCUUCUCCAAGCUGAAGCUCCUGCUGCUGGCCAUCGAGAUCAAGGGCGCCGAGGAGGGGGCAGACAGCAAGAUUUCCAUAAACCCGCGGGGGGCCAAGAUACAGGCCAACACCCAGGGUUUCUUCAUAGCACAAAGCGCCGACGAGGUGAAGCGUGCCUGGUUCUAUUGCAAAGCCUGCCAUGAGGACAUCAAGGACGAGACGCUGAUCAAGAAAUGCAAAUGCAAAAACUUGGCCACCUUCCGGAAAGGCGUCCGAGCCGUACAAAUGGUUGGGCGUGCAAAAGACGAUGAAUACUCGUUGUCAAAUGAACACCAUCCUGCACCCACAUUUACGCCCCCCGAGCUACCCAAGCGGGUGCAUGUGCGUGGAUCUGUAUCGGGUGAUAUCACUCGUGACAGAGAAGAUACGAAUCUACUCAAUCGCAAUGUGCGCCGGCCGAAUGGCACGGGCAACGGUACAGGUGGCAUGCACCACAUGAACAACACGGCAGCGGCCGCUGCAGCAGCUGCGGCGGCGGGAAAGCAGGUGAACAAGGUGAAGCCCACGGUGAAUGUGAGCCGACAGGUGGAGGGCCAAGUGAUAUCGCCAUCGCAGUACAACAGGCCACCAGAGAAUGAUGCUAACCCUUAUGCGGGCUAUCAACUUGCUUACGAAGUUAAAAAGCUCAUGCCGACGAGUCGCAGUUCCGGCACGGGUACACAGAAUCAAAACGGCGGCGUUUCACUGCCCGCCGGCAUUGCGGACGACCAGUCGAAGGACUUUGAUUUCGAGAAGACCGAAAUGAAGUACGACUCGACGGGCAUGUUCCACUGGAGUCCCGCAAAGAGCUUAGAAGACUGCAUACUGGAUCGCAACCAGGCGGCCAUGACCGUGCUGAAUGGCCACGUGGUCGUGUGCCUGUUCGCCGAUCCCGAUUCGCCGCUGAUCGGGCUGCGGAACCUGGUGAUGCCGCUGCGGGCGUCCAACUUCCACUACCACGAGCUGAAGCACGUGGUCAUCGUCGGAUCGGUGGACUACAUCCGGCGCGAGUGGAAGAUGCUGCAGAACCUGCCCAAGAUCUCGGUGCUCAACGGCUCGCCGCUGAGUCGCGCCGAUCUGCGGGCUGUGAACGUCAACCUGUGUGAUAUGUGCUGCAUCCUGUCGGCCAAAGUUCCUAGCAACGACGAUCCCACGCUGGCCGACAAGGAGGCUAUCCUCGCCUCGCUGAACAUCAAGGCCAUGACCUUUGACGACACGAUCGGGGUUCUUAGCCAGCGCGGCCCGGAGUUCGACAACCUGAGCGCCACCGCCGGCAGUCCAAUUGUGCUGCAGCGGCGGGGCUCGGUUUAUGGGGCCAAUGUGCCCAUGAUAACAGAACUGGUCAAUGAUAGUAACGUGCAGUUUCUCGAUCAAGACGACGACGAUGAUCCAGAUACAGAACUAUAUCUGACGCAGCCUUUCGCCUGCGGCACAGCCUUCGCUGUGAGUGUGUUAGACUCGCUGAUGUCCACGACUUACUUCAAUCAAAACGCCUUAACGCUGAUCCGCUCACUGAUAACGGGCGGCGCCACGCCCGAGCUGGAACUGAUCCUGGCCGAGGGAGCUGGCCUCCGGGGAGGCUACAGCACCGUGGAGAGUCUGAGCAAUCGAGACAGAUGUCGAGUGGGUCAAAUCUCACUGUACGACGGUCCGCUGGCUCAGUUCGGGGAGUGCGGUAAGUACGGGGACCUCUUUGUGGCGGCCCUCAAGUCGUACGGAAUGCUGUGCAUCGGACUAUACCGAUUCAGGGACACCAGCUCCAGUUGUGAUGCGAGCAGCAAACGUUAUGUAAUAACCAACCCACCCGAUGACUUUUCACUACUGCCAACAGAUCAGGUAUUCGUUUUAAUGCAAUUCGAUCCGGGCCUGGAGUACAAGCCGCCAGCGGUACGAGCACCUGCCGGCGGACGAGGCACCAACACACAGGGUUCCGGGGUCGGCGGGGGCGGCUCCAACAAGGAUGAUAACUCUUGAUUGUUACUGUGUAGCGCCUUAACUGAUGGUCCUUAUUCGUACAUUUGAACGAUGGAGAAGCUAAUCGAGGGCAGAGCAACGCAUUUGUGGCACCGCACCCACAACUACCUAUUGGCAUAAGAUAUUCAGACAGCAAGCGCAACAAAUCGGCAGAGAAAAAAGACAUAUAGCUGUAUGUAAAAAUUCGAUUGUACCGUGUACAAAAAAGUCAAAAUCAAAAGUGUUAACUAGAGUUAGAGAUACGAACCAAUGCGUGCCACCAAAUGCGCUGCUCUGCACUUUUAUGUGUGCGGAGGCAUGCGGCUCGGUGUAUUUUGUCCAUCCCAACUAACAAUCAAGAGACAGCCAGAAAGCCGGAACCAACAACGUCGUCGGCAACGCCGCCUGUCUCCGCACACAUAAAGAGCCAAUCCGGAUCGGGGGACCAAGAACCAUAGCCCUGAUAUCCAUCGUUCAACUGCCAACUGAUUGCUUCCCACAUCAUUCCGUAUGCCUUUUUAGAACCUUGAAAUUAUCAUAUUCUGUAUACUUGUACUUAUAAUUUUAAUCUUACCACUACAUUGGUUAAUCUUGUAUCCGUAUCCCCUUCUUUAUCCAUAUUAUUUUUGUAACCGACUUUGUGCCCCAAUAAAAUAUUAUUAUUAUUUGAGUUUUCA